AUGCCACCCAAACGCGCCAUGUCAAGCGCUGGCAGUACCCACCUCCCUGCAAAACGCGCUCGGAUACCCACACUCAAAGCCAUCAAGAGCAAUACAUUACCACCCAGCACUGCCAGCCGGCCCAUAGAGCUCCCGGACACGCAACCCAAGCCCGCCAGCGACGUCGUAGAGCCAUCCCGAAGCCCUAUUACAGCCAAACGAUUUAGUCACGUGGCCGAGACGUACCACGUUCUACCAUCAAAACACAUGGGCGGCAGGAAGAUUCGGUCCACUGAGUACGCACUCCACGCCGUCACCAGGGAGAUCUACGAAGCAUGGGACCGCAAUGUCGGCUAA